CAGAUCUCGUUCAAGUCUCGUCAUUCUGACAUUCCAAAGUCUGCAAUCAAAGUUAUAGUUUAUAAGAAAGGGUUUCAGCUUCAGAAAAAACUAUGGCUUUUUCUAAAAUGGAUAUUCCCCACAGAGCCCAACACUUUUUAGAGUGUGGCAUUGAAGAAUGUGAAAGAAACUGUGAGUUCUAUUGCAACUCUUGUCAUCAAAGAUUGUGUAAACAAUGCAGAGAUGAACAUCUGAAAAGUCCAGAAAACAAGAACCAUGAGGUGGUCCUUUACCAGCAACGUAAACGACAACUUCCUGUGGAGAAAUGCAAGAUCCACCCUAAUAAAGAUGUGGAAAUGCUCUGUGAAGAAUGCCAAGUUCCAGUAUGUUCCAAAUGCGUCACUCAAAAAGAGCACCGAGGGCAUAUAUUCACUGAUCUAGAGACAAUUUAUGCAGAAAAAUAUGCAGACUUUCAAGAGGAUAUUGCCAAGAUACAAGACUACUUUCUCCCUACAUCUCAAGAUUUACAGAAAGAAAUUAAAAAAGAUUCCUCAGAAAUCAAACACAUCAUGGACAACAUCAGAACAUCCAUGAAGACUGAAGGUGAGUCCCUGAAAAGUCUGGUGGAUACAGUCAUAUCUGAGAACAUGAAGCAGUUAGACCAGAUAGAGCAUUCACUGUUAGAAGAUCUAAACACUCAAGACAAGACCAUGGAUAAUUACAUCACUUAUCUCAAUAACCUUGUCAAAGAGCUCCACAGAUGCCUGUCCUCUACAGAAACCCAGAAAUUAAUGUCUGAGAAGAAACCAAAGAUCCGAUCCAUACCAGAGACAUCAAAACCAGUCAAACCAGAAUUUACUGCUGGUCAAUACAGCAAAAGUGAUGUCACCAAGUUACUUGGUAAAAUACAGGUCCCCAACACUAAAGCUGAGAAGAGAGAAAUAAGGCCCAUUGAAAGUGUCUACAAUACAGCAAUGAAACCUACACAUAAACAGAUGAAAGAAAACAGAAAGAAAUCUGACAAGAAACAAACAAUGUCUCUAUCUGGCUCUGUCACCAAGGUCAGGGAGUGCUAUGUACCAGGUGUUGAUCGUGUAUUCCAUGUAUCACUAGAUCAAUCAGACAGACUCUGGAUCAGUGACAGACUUGGUAAUCUUGUCCAAACAGAUCUACAAGGGAAUGUGAUACAGAAGAUAAAAACCAGUGAUGGACAUGGUUACCACACAGUCACACAGGACAGGGGUCUGAUCUUUACAGACUAUGACAAGAACGUCAUCAAUAGGAUAACACAGGAUAAUAAAAUCACUGAAUUCAUUAAAACUGGAAACUGGACACCAUACAGCAUACACUCCUCCCACAUCAACGGGGAAUUACUGGUGGGGAUGAUGUUUAGAGUCACCAGGUACAACAAGACAGGAAAAGAACUACAGAACAUACAGAGGGAUAACAAAGGACAAAGACUGUAUAGUACUUUACCACACUAUAUCACAGAAAACAUCAAUGGAGAUAUCUGUACAUCAGACUAUGAUAAAAGGGCAGUAGUGGUGGUGAAUAAAUCAGGACAACACAGGUUCUCCUACAAAGGUCAGGAGUCAAUGUUCCGUCCAUAUGGAAUCUGUACUGAUGUCCUCGGUCACAUCCUGGUGUGUGAUUUAAUCAGUAACACUGUUCACCUCCUUGAUCAGGACGGUCAGUUCUUGUCUCUAUUACUCACACCAAAACAAGGGGUAUACAGUCCCUGUAGUGUGUGUGUGGAUGAUGAGAACAAUCUCUAUGUAGGACAAUAUAACACAAACACACUGACAGUGUACAAGUAUCUACAGUGAUUCUUAUGUCAAAAAGAUGUGUUAAAUUCAACUUCUUUUUUUAUAAAAAGAAGAAUGUCAAUGGUGCUAAUAGUCAUCAUGUUUUGUUGUUUUGUAUCCAAUUCAUAUCUAAUUUAAACAUUAUAACAUGAUUCUAAUUACAUUUGUAAAUAAUUUAAAUGAUACCAGCAUUAAAUUAACUAUAAAUGCAAAACUAUCAUGUAUAUAUGCAUAAUAAUAAUCUACUGUGUAUCUAUGCUUGACGAUAAAAAGAGGGUUUUAUGACUUUUAUCCAUUGUACCAGUCCAAAUACUAAUGUAUAAUGUGUAUAUAAUAAAUGCUAAUAAAUGUUAAUAAAUCAGUAGUGUGACAAGUCAAAAAAAUAUGUUUUUUAUAAUGUCA